AUGGAUAUCAACUCGCUAUUGUCGCCAUCGGACUCGCCUGCGGGCACCCCAACACCACAAGCCGCCCCUACCAUCCCGUCGCCGUCACUACUCCGAUCCCCGGGCAAGCGCACAAGACGCCAGAUGCCAUCGCGAACACCUUCGGGUCUAAGCCAACAGAUCAGGUCCUCCCCGCAGCCGCCCCAGACGCUCCAACAGCGUGUGCCGUCCCCGGGAUACGCCCACAUCGCGAACGGCGCAAGAGGAGUACACAGCGCAAUGGGAACGCCACAACAAAUAGCAUCGCCGCACGACGCGCGCAUGGCGACCCCGAACCCCAUGUACCGCCAAACAUCCACACCGGGCAUGGACACUCUUGCAGACCUUGCCAGCAUGCAGCAACAACAAGCUGCGCGCCAGAACUCUGUAGUCCACCAACGGCCUGUCACACUGCAACACCUCGGACAAAACCUCUCCGGCGAGUCCGUAGCUAGCAUCAUGUCCGAGGCCUCACCGCGACCGCGCAAUUUCAUCACUCGCUCUCUCGACCAACAGCACAUCGACUGGCUCAACCAACUCGAUAAAACGCUGCUGGAAAACCCAUUCGACUACUACAGCCAUGUUUCGCUCGUCACCAUUCUACACCAAGGGCUCCAAAAACACCUCGCUUCGUUCGACUCCGACCCAAACGCGUACGACCCAAAUGCGUACGAGUUGGUCCAGACUCUGCGCGAUGCCUACAAAACCAUGUCAGACAAGUACCCGCUUGGCGAGCUCUUGUGGCAUUACCGGCUGAACGACGAGAAGACUCUGGCCAAGGAUGUGGAGCAGCGCAUGGGUGUGCUCGAACUGCACAAGCAGGCAACACAGGAGGAACCUUACAGCGCAAAGCUUUGGGCAGCAUACGGCGAGUAUGUGAGCUACCUGGUCGCCUGCUCUUGGGAGCAAGUACCCCCAGAGGAGUGGUCUGAAGAGGAGAGGCUUAUUGGUCGAGAGCUCUUCCAACCCCAACUGCUACUGGACGCGCUGCAAGAAGGUGCUGAGAGAGUCAAGUACAACCUCCAGGAGAGCAAUCUCGUCUGGGACCGCUACCUACAGGUUUUGGAAGAAGACCUCGAGCGAGGAGGCUUCAGCCAAGAGAAGGCGAAGAGGGUGGCCGCCAUCUACAACGACCGCCUCGGCCAACCGCAUGCAACAUGGGCGAACACCCUUAGCAGAUACUCUUCUUUCAAUUCUCGCUAUAACCAAAGCCACUACGAGCAGGUUAUGGAUGAAGUGGUGCAAAAGAAUACACACAUCAAGCAGCAAUACGCCAACCGCGAAGAGUACGAGUUCAAACUCCUGCAGGCUAUCCAAGCAGGCGACCAGGCUGCAGAGUACACCGCCAUGACACGCUACUUGAAAUGGGAGAAGAGGACUAUGGGUGUCUACAGCUUCCACCUCGUCAACGCACUUUAUGAGCGAGCUACGCUCCGAUUUCCCGUUGAUCCUUCCAUAUGGGAAGACCACGUUGAGUUUCUCGUUUGGCAAGAUAACCGGUCGGUAGAUUUACUCAACGUUCUCGAGCGCGCGACACGCCAUUGCCCAUGGUCCGGGUCACUCUGGUCCCACCGGUUAUUGACACUCGAAGCGGAAAACAAGCCAUUCGAGGACCUUGAACUUGUCAAGCACACAGCCACUGGAUCUGGACUUCUGGAGCACACUGAUCUGGAUGAACUCAUCAAGGUUCAGCUCGCCUGGUGUGGAUAUCUUCGGCGAAGGGCUUUCGAUGACCCCAGAGCAACGGAGGAUGAUGUCGAUGUUGCUGAGGUCGGAAUUCGAUCGGCUUUGGAGUUUGUCCGAGAGGUCGGCAUGAAGAAGCAUGGCAGGGAAUGGACGGACCGGAAAUAUCGUCUUGAGCGCGCCCAUAUCAAGUUCUGGCUCCAACGCGGUGACAUCGAUCAAGCCCGGCAGAUUCAGGACUCUAUCACCAAGUACCAGGAGGACUCUUACGACUUCUGGUAUCGCUGCUACAUAUUCGAGAUGCUCCUGUGGGCGCCACACGCAACGAGGGGCAAGCAAAAUGCAGGUCAACCGUUAUUGCCGCCCACCCAGGCCACUGCCAUUCUGGAACGUGGCAUGAAGCGCUUACAAACGAUUGAUCAACCCGAGCUGCUCAUCGACAUGUACAUUAGCCAUUGCGAGCAGCACGAAUCAGCGUUAAAGGUGCGUAGCGCAACGAUCGAGCGACGACGAGCGGAGCGCAUCGUGUCCGUCCGGAGGGAGAAAGAACGAGCACUUGCGGCCGCUGCAGCUCCGCCACAAGACACGCCAGAUAGCCAAGUCGGAGAUAGCUCGACGAAGCGGAAACGGGAGGACGGUGACGAGGACGCGGUAUUGAAGAAGAGCAAACAUGUAGAGAUCUCAGAGGCUCUUGACGGGGUCAAUGGUCAAGCCAGAGUCGCGAGCGAAGCACCCUCGGAAGCUCGCUCUACAGGACCGAAACGAGAUCGCGAGCACACUACAGUCAUCGUGAAGAAGCUACCACUCAACACUACACAGACUCGAAUACGCCAGUUCUUUACCGACGCAGGCACAGUCCGCAAUCUAGUACUGAAAGAGGAGAAGGAUAGUCUCACGGCUGUGGUGGAGUUUGAGUCACCUGAAGAAGCCCAGUAUGCCCUGAGCAAAGAGGCGAAAGGAUUCGAAGGUCACAACAUAUCGAUCGAGCGAGGCCAAGGCACGACACUAUACGUCGCAAACUACCCUGCGCAUGCCGACGAAGCCUGGAUCCGGAACCUUUAUAGCCCAUUCGGAGAAAUUAUCGGCAUUCGCUUCCCUUCACUCAAGUACGAUGCGCAUCGCCGGUUCUGCUACGUUCAGUUUGCUUCAGCUGAACAGGCGGUCGCUGCGACACAGCUGGACGACACUGACUUUGAAGGGUUGAAGCUAAUCUCAAAGAUCUCCGACCCGAACGCCAAAAAGAAACGCGAUGGCGCUACCUCCGAGGGUCGCGAAGUCUACAUCUGGCAUCUCAACUUCAAGGUCAAAGAACGAGAAGUUAGGGACGCCUUCUCCAAGUUUGGCAAGAUUGAGAGGACCAAUUGCCCAACUAUCAGGUCGACUGGCAACAACCGCGGUUUCUGUUAUGUCGUUUACGAUAACAAGGAUAGCGCUGAUGCAGCAGUGGCAGAAAUGCAUGAGAAGGAGUUUGCGGGCAUGAAGAUUCAUGUCGAGAUUGCAAAAGAGCGUCCUGACACGAAGCCAAAGGUGCAAUCAACUCUCGAGAACACGGAAAACGCAGCCGCUCGCGAAGGUACUUCUGGACAGAGCGACGCUGCUCCUGAAGCCGCUAUCAAGCCCGCAUCAUUCAUGGACCGAUCCAUUGCAAUCCUCAACCUGCCUGACACUGUGCCUGACGUGCGCAUCAAACCGCUUGUCGAACAGUACGGCUUCAAGAGGAUUAAGCUCGAACCCCAUCAUGGGGGUGCGAUCAUUGAGUUCACAACUGUGGAAGGUGCUGGCAAGGCUCAGUUCGCGCUUGAGGGCAAAGACUUCGAGGGAAGGAAACUGCGCAUCGGUACAGUCCAGGACCUUAACAAGCAGAAGGGAGAGUGGAAGGCGAGCAACAGCUUCAUCCAGCCAAACCGUGUCAACCGACCUACUGCUGCUCGCGGUGGACGAGGACGAGGAAAGCCCGGUCUUGGUCGUCCAGCUAUACCGAAAGGUGCUACAACAACAAACGGCGAGCCGAAGAGCAACGCAGACUUCCGCGCACAGUUCUUGAAGGAGCCUGCGAAAGAGGCAAACAAGGACAACGACAAAAUGGAAGAGUAA